AUGUUCUCUCGUCUCUCAGCCCCGCUCACCAUCACCUUGUCCCUUUUGCUUCUACUACUCCCUACGCAAACGUCCGCUCAUGGUUUCGUCCGCACCGUAACUGUCAACAAUACCCCAUUCCCCCAGAACACCCCGAACGCGAAGCCUUUCGCUGCCGCUACUCGCCAAAUCAACGACGUCUCUCCCCUCAAAGGUGCAAACAACAAGAACUUGGGCUGCGGCGCCACCGCAGAUCCCAAGAAGCUCUUCGCAGACAAAUCGAUCAAUGUGAAGGCCGGCGACAACGUUGAUAUUGAUUGGGCUGGAGGGGAUUCGGGGAACUGGCCUCACAAUACCGGUCCGAUGUUGACGUACCUGGCCAAGUGCGAGACUGAGGAUGGAAGCUGCCAGAAAUUCGAUGCUACUCAGGCGAAGUGGUUCAAGAUUCACCAAAUUGGAAGGAAGACUUCCGGCAACAAGGAAUGGGUCCAACAGGACCUCAUGAACGGCGCCCCAGCUACUGUCCCCAUUCCAUCCAACCUUGCCGCCGGGAACUACCUUCUCCGCCAUGAGAUCAUUGCUCUCCAUCUCGGCACCUCCCUUGGAGGCGCAGAAUUCUACCCAUCCUGCACCCAGAUCACCGUCACUGGUAACGGAAAUGGCCAAGCGAGCGGAAACGAGUUGGUCAGCUUCCCGGGAGCCUACAAGGAUAACGACAAGGGCAUCUUCUUCCCGGAUGCUUUUAACCCGAACGCGGAUUACCCUUUCCCAGGUCCUCGUGUUGCCGCCCUCGUAGCGUCUUCCUCAUCGAACUCGAACUCUACUGCUUCACCUGCCGCCGCCGCCGCCGCCUCCCCAUCUGGUGCAGCGAAUUCCACUUCUGAGUCGUCUUCUACCUCCUCCUCAAAGGGUGCGUGCCACAAGAAGCGAGACACCACCCGGCCUAGACAUAUCAGUCGCGUCAUGAGGCAUGUUAAGACUUCCUCCCCUACAUGGUAA